AUGGCGCCAACCGAAAAGACAGCCUCCGGCAAGGACCUGUACUCGGUUAUCCUGCCGACCUUUAACGAACGCCAGAACCUGCCCAUCAUCACUUGGCUAUUGAACAAGACGUUCACAGAAAAGUCGGUACUCACUUGGGCCAACAUCAACUGGGAGCUCAUCAUCGUCGACGACGGUUCUCCUGACGGCACACAAGAUGUCGCCAAGCAGCUCGUUGAGGUGUUCAAGCCGCAUGUCGUCCUCCAGACCAGGACAGGCAAGCUAGGACUCGGCACAGCAUACGUCCACGGUCUCCAGUUUGCCAAGGGCAAUUUCAUUAUCAUCAUGGACGCCGACUUCUCCCACCACCCCAAGUUCAUACCGCAGAUGAUCGAGAAGCAGAAAUCAGGCGACUACGACAUCGUCACAGGCACGCGGUACGCCCCAGGCGGCGGCGUGCACGGCUGGGACCUAAAGCGGCGCAUGACUUCCAAGGGCGCCAACAUCAUGGCGGACACGCUGCUGCGGCCGGGCGUCAGCGACCUGACGGGCUCGUUCCGCCUGUACAAGCGCAACGUGCUCGAGAAGCUGUUUGAGACGACCGACGUGCGCGGCUUCAGCAUGCAGAUGGCCCUCGCCGUCACGGCCAAGGCCAUGGGCUACUCGAUCGCCGAGGUCCCCAUCACAUUUGUCGAUCGUGUUUACGGAGACAGCAAGCUGGGUGGGGAGGAGAUUGUCGAGUAUGCCAAGGGAGUCUUUUCGCUUUGGGCGAGGGUGUGA